UUAUCCUUUAAUAUGCAAAAAACUUUUGGCAAGGUUAAUUAUUUUAAUAACUCUGAUCAUUGAUCUAAUUCAGUUUUCCUAUGUGGAAGGAUGCAGGUUAUUUUACAGGUGAAUGUUGCUGUUAAUUUUCUUAGAGAUCCUUGUAUAGAAAUUCUUCAAUUUGAAAAACUUCAGGAGAGAAUGUCAUCUCCUGACAGCAGGUUGAAUGCACUUUAUACAGAUCAGGAUUCAUGUGCAGACCUGUUAAAUUGGAUACUUCCUUUGGAUAACGGGAAGCCUUCUACUUGUCCACCAUCUCCUCAUUUAACUUCAACUUCAGGAAUCGGUAACUCGUCUCAGAGGUCCAAUAUGUCAGGAUCAUCUAGCUCUCAAUUAUUCUCCUUUAGCAAUUUUAGAAGUUACUCCAUGUCAUCAUUGCCGCAACCUGUGAAUGCUCCAGCAGCUCCUGUUAAAGCAGCUAGUUCCAAGCCAAGUUUUGACAUUGAGGAGUGGGAUCAAAUCUCAUCUCAGAAAUAUUUAUGGAAGAAAAUGGGGGUUGAAGGACUUCUAUCUUUUCGAGGUGUUUCAUUGGAACGAGAUAGAUUUUAUGUUUGUUGUGGAUUAGAAGGCCUAUAUACACCAGGAAGAAGGUGGAGAAGGAAACUUGAAAUAAUACAACCAUUAGACAUUCAUUCUUUUGCUGCUGAUGUCAAUUCGGAUGAUCUUCUUUGCGUUCAGAUAAAGAAUGUUGCUCCUACACAUGCUCCAGAUAUUGUGAUAUUUAUAGAUACCAUUACUCUUGUUUUUGAGGAACUAGCACAAAAUGGAUCACUGUCGUCGUUGCCGAUUUCAUGUAUUGAAGCUGGAAAUGAUCAUUCUUUACCAAAUCUAGUGCUCAGGUUAUUUUACCGAAUCAGUAUUUUAAUGUUUGUUAUAACUCUAUCAUUACUUUUCUGAUGUCUUGGUUGAUCUUAAUACAUAGCUAUCAAAUUAAAUCUGCUUGUGUAGAUGGAUAACUCCAUCCCCAAACAUGUAAAACAAACCUUGUCAAACGGGGGAAGGGGGUUCAAUAAUCAAUAUGCACUUGAGAAAGUACUAACAAGAGUUCCCAAACAGUUUGACUUCUAGAAUCUACACCAUUACCACCAUUAAAGUAGAUUCAAAAGAUAAAUCAAUAUAUAUGGAGACUGAUAGGGCAUGCAUCGUGUUAGAAUGGAUAUCUCAUCUGUUAAAUGAUUAGCUUGUGCUUUGUGAAGCCAAAUUCGCUACUCUAUAUUAUAUAAUAAUUGUAACCGUUGUUCAGUUUGCUUUACGCAAUUGCUUCCUGCACCCCAUUAAUUUCUACCUGCACCCUAUCAUUUUUGGGAAUUCCACUUUUACCCUUGAUUGUUUUAUAUGAAAGUUGUCUCCUUCCUAGGUACUGGUUCACUGUGUGUUCGUGUGGGUUCUCCGGGAAGCUUUGUUAGAGGUGCGUAAUAAAUGUUGAAGGUAAGAUCUCCAGAAAUAGAAAUCUGGAAAUAGACUUCUGAGAAAUAUGACCCGGAAUAGGUGUGGGAGGUGAGAAAAGGUUUUCCUUUUACUAAGAUUAAAGUACCAUUCUGGAAAGAUCAAUUUGGAAGGAAUUGAGUUGACCAUGCAUAAGGCUUUCGAAAAUGAAUUAAAUAUUGUAUUGUUGAAUAUGUGUUCCAGAAAAGGAAAUCCUGUCGUAUAGAUGUGCUUUUCGAAAGGCCAUUCCGAAAGUGUGAAAAUGUUCAUUUCGCAAUUCUUUAUCCCGACCUAAAGUUGACAAUUCCGGAAUGCCCUUUGAAUAGGAGUUUCGGAAUUGUGCUAG